AUGACAGAAUCACCCUCAGACCUAUCAGAAUAUGGGAGCGAUGAUUUCCCCGAGGAUGUAAAAGGAAGCCGUCCACGCAGCUAUGAAGCCACGCCUGACCAUGACCAGCGCCCCAACAAGCGACCACGCCUGAACGUUCGCGCGCCCUCGUCGCCGCCAGCUCCCAUCAAUACGAUGCCGCCAGAUCUAGACGAAGAACUGUCCGAAGACACUGAUGGCUCGGUGCCAGCCUCGCCCCAUCACCACCCGGGCAUGUCGCAAGACGACGACUACGGCCAGGAGCAAGUCACCAUCUGCAAGUGGGACGGAUGCACAGCCGGUGAUCUUCACAACAUGGACAAGCUGGUCGAGCAUCUUCAUGACGAUCACAUUGGAACUCGGCAAAAGAAGUACAGCUGCGAGUGGAGCGAUUGCACUCGAAAGGGCAUCCCCCAUGCUAGUGGCUACGCACUGCGGGCACACAUGCGCUCCCACACGCGCGAGAAGCCAUUCUACUGCACGCUUCCAGAAUGCGACCGCUCCUUCACCCGCUCCGAUGCGUUGGCCAAACACAUGCGCACUGUGCACGAGACCGAAGCCCUGCGACCCUCUGACCCCGUGCCUAAGCAUCACUCGUCUAACCCGACCAACAACAAGCAGCGCCUGAAGCUCGUCCUCAACAACGAAGGCAAGAAGCUACCACACGAUAAGGCCUCGACCCCCGGAUCCCCAUCGCAUCCACCUAACAGCGCAACAGCAGCGGCUGCUGCUGCAACCACAUCCGAAACCGAUUAUUCCCACAACAAUGUCGUCUAUCUACAAGACCUCGCUAGCCCAUCUGGUCCAACACUAGUGCAGUUCCCGCCAGACAUUGAAUUCACAUCCGAAGAGCUACGCAAGCCAGCAAACGAACUAUUCCAGCUACUGCGUAGACAACUGCAGUGGGCAACAAAGGAGGGUGAGCAGCUGCGUGCUGAAGCCGAGGAGCUGGAGCGAGUGCGCCGCGAGGAGUGGCAGGCCAAGGAGCUUUUGCUCGAGAACUUCAUGGAGGCACAAGCAGCGACAGAACGACGGAGACGGGCUGAAGAAGGCAUACCAGAAGAUAUGGAGGGCUGGCAGGCUGUCGAGAAAGAUGUUGCUCCCUCAAGGGCUCUGCCUAUCGCUCCCAAAGAUGGAAAACUUCCCUGGUGGCGCCAGGAGGGUGCUCAGACUCAUAGGCCUGAAGCCAAGAAGGAGGAGCAGCAGCAGCAGCAGCAACCUCCCAAGCCAGCGGAUGUUGCGCAACAAGAAGGUCUCCAGCCACCGGUUCCAGCGGCUUAG